AUGCCAUGUAACGAAAUGCAACCAAUUUGCUCUCUUCCAAGAAUGGCCGCUGGAGGAAUAAACAAGCAGGGUUCUGUAGCGGCGAUGGAGCCGUGUAUCCGACACGGCAGAGCAACAAAUGGAAGCAGUGUUAAGGUACUGGAAUGUGGCGUGUGUGAAGAUGUAUUCUCUCUACAAGGAGAUAAGGUUCCACGCCUUCUGCUUUGUGGUCAUACAGUUUGUCAUGACUGCCUGACCAGGUUACCCCUCCAUGGCAGGGCAGUGCGCUGCCCAUUCGACAGACAGGUUACUGAGUUGGGAGACUCUGGAGUUUGGGGUCUAAAGAAGAAUUUUGCUCUGCUUGAACUUUUGGAACGACUUCAGAACGGCGCAUCAAACCAGUCAGGGAUGGCAGAGGAUGUCCUUAAAGGCAUGGGAGAAUGUAUAAUUCGCUGUGAUGAGGAUGAAAGCCACACAGCCUCCAUGUAUUGCACUGUAUGUGCCACCCACUUGUGUGCCGAGUGCUCACAGAUAACUCACUCCACUCGAACACUGGCUAAGCACCGCCGGGUGCCACUGGCUGACAAACCUCAUGAGAAGAUGCUGUGUCCACAGCACCAAGUCCAUGCCAUAGAAUUUGUGUGCCUAGAAGAAGGCUGUCAAUCAGGGCCACUCAUGUGCUGUGUGUGUAAGGAGUAUGGCAAACACCAAGGGCAUAAGCAUGCUCUCCUUGAAUCUGAAGCUAAUCAGAUCCGCGCAUCCAUUCUCGACAUGGCACACUGCAUUCGCACCUUUACAGAUGAAGUAUCUGAGUAUUCAAGAAAACUGGUGGGCAUUGUGCAGCAAAUAGAAGGUGGAGAACAGAUUGUAGAGGAUGGUAUUGGAAUAGCCCACACUGAACAUGUUCCAGGUACAGCGGAGAGUGCUCGCUCAUGUGUGCGUGCCUACUUUGCAGACCUCCAUGAGACUUUGUGUCGACAGGAGGAGAUGGCCUUGAGUGUUGUGGAUGCACAUGUUAGAGAGAGACUUAUCUGGCUGCGGCAGCAGCAAGAAGACAUGACUAUCCUUCUGUCUCAAGUCUCCACUGCAUGUCUGCACUGUGAGAAAACCUUACAGCAGGAUGAUUGCAGAGUUGUGCUGGCAAAACAAGAAAUCAACUGUUUGCUGGAAACACUGCAGAAGCAGCAGCACCAGUUCACCGAGUUAGUAGAUCACAUUCAGCUGGACGCUGGCAUACCUGUCACCUUCACAAAGGACAAUCGUGUUCACAUUGGUCCUAAGAUGGAGAUUCGUGUAGUAACACUUGGGCUGGAUGGAGCAGGCAAAACAACCAUCCUUUUUAAAUUAAAGCAAGAUGAGUUCAUGCAACCCAUCCCUACAAUUGGGUUUAAUGUGGAGACUGUUGAAUACAAGAAUCUAAAAUUUACAAUUUGGGAUGUUGGAGGAAAACAUAAGCUUAGACCCCUUUGGAAGCAUUACUACUUGAACACUCAAGCGGUAGUUUUUGUUAUUGACAGCUGCCACAGAGACAGGCUAAUGGAAGCACACAGUGAACUGGCCAAACUACUUACUGAGAAAGAGCUUAGGGAUGCACUGCUGCUUAUUUUUGCAAACAAGCAGGAUGUACCUGGGGCUGUGGCUGUGGAGGAGAUGACAGAGGUGCUGAGUCUACAUAAGCUGUGCUGUGGGAGGAGCUGGCACAUUCAGGGCUGUGAUGCCCGCAGUGGGAUGGGCCUACAUGAGGGAUUGGACUGGUUGUCAAGGCAGUUGGUUGCUGCUGGGGUUCUGGAUGUUGCCUGAAGUUGACAGUUUUUAAAUAAUUCUAAAAUUAGAACAUAACGCUUCUCUAAUCUCAUCCAGUUUCCAAGCUUUAUGUUUGCAACCAUCACCUUCACAAAGGACAAUGAGGCUGGAUCAAGGAAAAUGUAAAUAUUUUUCAAAAACCCAUCAGUCACACACUCAACUAACAAUGCAUGCUUUAGUCCAUACUCAUCUCUACAAGGUCGUUGUCAUGAUUCAUUUGCAUAUUUUAGUUACUUUUUCAGGAAACUUCAAGAAAGUUGGCUAAUGUCGUACUGACAAAUUUGCUAUUGGUGUUUAGUUUUUACCAGCAAAAGAUAACAAUUCUAGGAUAAUCCCUUUUUUAUUUAUCUGGAAGGUUGAAAGGCCAAGCUAUUUAAAUUGUAGGUGUAACUGUUCUUUGCCUUGAUGUGAACAAUAUGGUUUUGUGGCACCCUUAUGCAUUGUAAAGAGUUUGUGUGCUUUACUUCACCAUAUGUAGUCUUCAAAAGGCUAACCUUUGCAUUUUAGAUUUCAUUUGUUUUAUGUUACAAAGACGAAACCGUUUACUGAAUUAAUAUAUUAAUAUUACGUUUUUGUGAGAUUUGUAUGAAUAAGUUCGCCACUUUGCACCAAAUAUGCCUCCAUUUUUGGAGUGUUUGCACGCAACUUGUGGCAUGCACUUUUCCUUACAAUUAGCUCAUGCAGCUAAAAUGUAUGUGCUAUUUCAUUGUACAAACAAUCUGAUUUAAAAGAAACAUGGGAAAACCUGUGUUCUAGCCUCAGUGCUAACAAGAUGGUACAUGUUGAGUUUACAACCCAUUAUGUGAAACAUUAAAGUCUUUGCCUGUUGAAA